GCAAAACGGCGCCGUGAGGUUGCCACUCUCUGUGUUUUGUUGUCUGCCUGUGUCUCCACAGUCUGCAACUUUCUCUCUCUUUCAUCUUCAAAAUUCCAUAAUCCAUCUGAAGCUUCAUGAUUAGUGAGCAAAACCUGAGAUUCCGGUAUUGAGAAUUUGAGAUGGGCUGCACACAAUCGAAAAUCGAGAACGAAGAGGCUGUCGCUCGCUGCAAAGAACGCAAACAGUUCAUGAAAGACGCCGUAUCUGCUCGUAACGCGUUCGCGGCUGCGCAUACCUCCUAUGCCACCUACCUUAAGAACACUGGUGCGGCCUUGAGCGAUUUUGUCCAGGGUGAGGUUCAGAAUCCUCAAUCGGCUUCUGGCGUAGCUGCUCUACCCAGUAAUCCUCCUAUCGUGGCGCCGAUACCGCCGUUUGAAAUUCCUCUGCCGCCUCCUCCUCUACCCAAUUUCCCCCCUUCUCCUCUUCAGCGCGCUGCAACUAUGCCCGAGAUCAAGAUCACCAAGCAGGAGACGACCCCGGUGGGGCCCAUCAUUGAGGAAGUGGAGAACGAGAUGGAGAAUGAAGGGUCUUUGAAUGGUGGUUUGAGAAAAAGAGGAAGUGGCAGAAGAAGUGGUAGUGGGCAUAGUAGAAGUGGGACUAAGGAGAUGAUGGAAGAAGAGGCAGAUCGGCCUCCUAUGCCGCCUCCACCGUCAAAACCAGAGCCUCAAGUGGAGACUCAUCUUCACACGAUGUCGGAUCAGACUCCACAGAAUUCCACCUGGGAGUAUUUCUUCUUUCCUCCAAUAGAAAACGUGCCUGGAACGAGCUUGAGAGGGGAAGAAGAAGAUGGCUUAAGUAAGGAGGAGAAUGAGAAGGCGACAUUUGAUGAAAAGCCUAAUAGAUUGGAUGAAGAUGUUGAACAGAGUAUGAGAAAUGAGAAGGAUGAGGUACCCGAGCCUCAACCAGCACCUGUACCUAAGCCGGAGAAAGUGGUGGAGCCACCUGAGCCUCCUGAGCCGCCCGUUGCUUUGGCGACGCCGGUGGGGAAAGGAUUGAAUAAGGGAAAGCAUGGACAGGUUCCAACGGAGGGGAAGAGGAUUGUGAAAUCGACUGUCAAUUUGAUAGAGAUAUUUACUCUACUUGAUGACGAUUUUCUAAAGGCUUCAGAAAGUGCUCAUGAGGUUUCGAAGAUGCUUGAGGCAACGCGGCUGCAUUAUCACUCCAAUUUUGCUGAUAAUAGAGGGCACAUUGACCACUCUGCAAGGGUGAUGAGAGUUAUUACGUGGAAUCGGUCCUUUAAAGGAAUGCCAAAUCUGGAUGACGGGACGGAUGAUUUGGACUAUGACGAAGAUGAAACUCAUGCCACUAUCUUGGACAAAUUGCUAGCGUGGGAAAAGAAGCUAUACGACGAAGUUAAGGCAGGUGAACUUAUGAAAUUUGAAUACCAAAAAAAAGUUGCCUCACUUAACAAGCUAAAGAAAAGAGGAACCAACACUGAAGCGCUGGAGAAAGCAAAAGCAUCUGUCAGCCAUCUGCAUACAAGAUAUAUUGUAGACAUGCAGUCCUUGGAUUCAACGGUCUCAGAGAUUGCCAGUUUACGUGAUGAACAGUUGUACCCAAGGCUUGUUAAUCUUGUUGAUGGGAUGGCCACCAUGUGGAAAACCAUGCACGAUCACCAUGAGAAGCAGUAUAAUGUCGUGAUGUUAUUGAAAACUCUGGAUUCCCAGUCAUCAAGUGAAACAAGUGAGCACCAUCAUGACCGCACAUACCAGCUAUUGGUUGUUGUGCAAGGGUGGUGUUCGCAGUUUGACAAGUUAGUAACCAAUCAAAAGGGGUACAUAAAGGCCCUAAACAAUUGGUUAAAACUAAAUCUCCUACCUAUUGAAAGCAAUUUCAAGGAGAUGGUUUCUUCGCCUCCAAGAGUUAGAAAUCCCCCUAUACAAGGGCUCAUUCAAGCCUGGCAUGACCAUCUGGAGACGCUCCCUGAUCAGCUUGCCAGAGCAGCUAUGUCCAACUUUGCUGCUAUGGUAGAAACUAUUUUCCACCUACAACAAGAGGAGAUUGCUUUGAAACGAAAAUGUGAAGAAUUGCGGAAGGAGCUUGCCCGCAAAACCAGGCAAUUUAGAGAUUGGCAUGACAAGUACCUUCAGAGGAAAAUACCAGAUGAGCCUGAUGCAGACAGGCCAGAAUCUAUUAAUGCUACUGAUGAGAUUGUUGUAGAGAAGCAGUUCUUGGUUGAGCAAGUGCAGAGGAGGUUGGAGCAGGAGGAAGAUGCCCAUAGAAGGCAGUACCUUCAGGUGAGGCAAAAAUCUCUUGGCAGUCUAAAAAGUUGCUUGCCAGAGCUCUUUAGGGCCAUGUCAGAGUUUGCUCUUGAAUGCUCCAAAAUGUACCGUGAUUUGAGGUCUAUAUCGCAGAACCUAAACACAGGCCCAAUCUCAUCAUGAGACAUGUUUGUGUAUUUUGUAUUAAUUUAUUUUAUAUUUCUUAGUAGGGUACAUUUUUUUUUGGUGUGUCAUGUAAUAUUUCCCUGGUAUUUUCGUUAUUGAUGAGCCAAGAAAGUUCUGUUGUUAAAUAAACUCAGUCCAAAUUGUCUAUCCAAAUUGAUAUUUUAUCGGUCUGUAAAAGUAA